AUUUAGUCUGGCGUGACAAUUGACGGUAGCUGGGGCCGUCGCUCCGAAGCGGACUUGCCACGAACUGCCGGUUCGGUUUAUUUAGUAUACCAGAACGCGCCAAACAGCGCCGGGUGUGCGCGAUAUCGUCGGUCAAAAUCUCGGCAUUCGAUAUUCGAACGCGGCACCAAUAAAAAAUUAUAAGCGAAUGUGCCUAUGAAAAUUAAAAAAUAAUAUUUAUUGUCAUUAAACUACGCAAUUGAUUUAAACAAAAUUAGAGUAAUAAAAUUGUGGUGAUUGGUGCUGCUUUUUCUUCUCGUAAUUUUAUCGAAACGCCGGAAUUUCAUUUUCUGGACUGUGUUUUGUUUGUUGUGGACAAAAUUAGAGGCGGUUGAAAAGGAAGACAAAUCUUGCCAAAAUGGAUUUGGAGUUCCGCAACUUAAAGUAUACUAUAAAAAGUCUCAUAACAAAAGGUAAACGCAGAGAAGUCCUUAAAGGCGUCGAUGGAAAAUUUUUAUCUGGACAGCUUGUGGCAAUCAUGGGUCCAUCUGGUGCCGGCAAAAGUUCGCUUCUCAAUGCUAUAUCCGGAUACAGGUCAGCGGGUGUUACUGGUGAUCUCUUGGUGAAUGGUGAGCCCAGAAACGAGCAUCAGUUCCAGAGAUCAUCAUGUUACAUCACCCAAGAAGAUCUGCUCCAACCCCUGCUAACUGUUCGCGAAGCAAUGGACGUUGCCGCCAAAUUGAAAUUACCAAAAGGUGGAAAAGUGCAUUCAGAGGAAAUACUUCAGGAGUUGGGUUUGUUGGAGCAUCAGCACACAAAGACUGAUCGAUUAUCUGGUGGUCAAAAGAAGAGGUUAUCAAUUGCCCUGGAGCUGGUGAACAAUCCGCCAGUAUUUUUCCUGGACGAACCAACUAGCGGUCUGGAUACAGUGACCACGGUGCAGUGUGUCAAACUGCUGAAACAGUUGGCCCGACAAGGCAGAACUGUUGUAUGCACCAUACACCAGCCUGCAGCAUCGUUGCUAGAACUUUUCGAUCAGGUAUACGUGAUAGCAGACGGUCGGUGUAUAUAUCAAGGCGAUACUGCGGCUAUGGUACCUUACUUACAGAGCAUGGGAUUGCCGUGUCCGAGGCAUCAUAAUCCAGCUGAUUUCAUUAUAGAAUUAACAGAAAACCCAGAGUACAUCGAUAUCUUGUCACAUGAGAUGAUGAACGGGAAAAUUUAUAAAUCAGCCAAAGUAGAGAGAUCGUCGAAUCAGAAAGAGCCAGCCAGUACGAUAGAGUUGAAGAUAUGUUACCAAUCAGAAGACGAAGUAGCUGAAAGGGAGAUAAUGCUGACAAAUGAGAAAUGCACAUACAAAGUACCAGGUUAUGUACAGAAUGGUUCCAUUAGCUCGUCAUCGAGUCAACUCUCACAAAUGAACUCGUCCAUGGCUUGGAUGAAGGUGCAGACAUCAAACGAGUGCGGAACGUACGCGACUUCAUAUUGUACACAGUUCUCAAUACUUCUCUGUAGAAUGAUGAUACAAAUUUUUAGGAAUAAACAAGGACUGUGGAUCCAACUGAUACAUCACAUAAUGUGCGGGAUACUCAUAGGCAUCUGUUUUUUUAAUAUGGCCAACGAUGGCACACAGAUGUUCAACCAUUUGAAGCUGUGCGUGGGGCUCAUUAUAUUCUUCACGUACACACAAAUUAUGGUUCCAGUUCUCGUCUAUCCUCAAGAAGUGAAAUUAGUCAAGAAAGAGCAUUUUAAUCAUUGGUACAGUCUCACUCCGUACUACGCAGCUUUGACCGUCUCCAAGCUGCCUGUUCAAGUCACCCUGAAUGUGGUCUUCAGUAUCAUUGUAUAUUUUAUGACUGGAGUGCCCUUCACUGUUACGAGGUUUAUGGCUUUCUGUCUCGUUGGCAACGUGGUGUCCCUGGUUGCUGAAGGCAUGGGAUUAGCUGUCGGUUCAGUUUUUAAUGUCAGAAAUGGCUGUGCCAUUGGGCCGUCUUCCAUUGCACCAUUCCUCGGUCUGGCCAUUUACGGAUUCGACUUCGCCCACCGUAUACCGCUUAUGAUGAACAUCUUAAUGAAGACAUCAUUCAUCCGUUGCGGUGUAGUCGCCAUGGUCUUGACCAUAUUCGGCUUUGGCAGAGAACCGUUGGAGUGCAAGGAUGUGUAUUGCCACUUCGCCAAACCGGAUGUUCUGAUCACGUACCUUGAUUUAGAAAGAACGUCAGUUUGGCUAGAAAUAAUCACAAUGUUAGGCAUUAUGUUUGUUUUCAGAUCACUAUGUUAUAUUGGGCUUAGAUGGAGGUUCGCAACAUGAUGAUACAAGGCCCAUUUCUUUUGCAUAGUUGCAGAUAGGUCGUAAUACUAGCGUAACUGUAGCGGAAAGCAAAAAGCACAUACGCAUGUGUCAAAGUUGGAGAUUGUGCCGUGACUAGGUCAUUUUAUGUUUCAUUGUAAAUUAACAUUACAUUAAUAAAAAUUUUCGGUGGUUCUGGUUUACGUAACUAUUAGGUAUUAUGCUACUUUUGAACGGACAAUUCCGUCCGUAUUUGUUAAUCAUAUGUUUUUUAGAUGUGCCUUGAGAAAUUUACAAUAAGAUUGGUAGUACUCGUUGCAUAAAGACCAUAUAAAUACUAAGCUUAAGUUUAGAGCAACAUUUGACUUUUUAGCAUGCACUUGCAUAGUUGUUUCUAUUUGAAGGGUAGGAUAUGGUAGUGGAAUUAUAAAACAAGGGGGAAUAAAAUCUUAAUCCUCAGAAAUGGCUAAUACUUUCAACAAAGCGGGUCAUCAUUUGCCAUUCCAGGUUCAUAAUCCUUUACCUACGGCAACUGUUGUCAGGUAAUUACUACUCAAAGUAACGUUCGAGUAAACAAAAAUGAAGGUAGAUUAAUAUGGUGUGUAAUUUACAAUACAUAGAAAAGAUUAUAAUUCGCCAUUACGGUGCCACGCGUAAAUUCAGGUUUUUACUAAAGAAAUUUGUUCGUAAUUUCACCCAUCAUCCUGAUUUUUGCUGGACCAAUUCUGACGCAAUGUUUACGCUGCAUUGCGUUUAGUAGAUAUGUCCUAAGUACACAGUGUUCGCUAGUACAAAAUUGUAAUGGCAUGUGAUAAAAUAUUUUACUUAAUAUACUUAGUUAUUAUGUUAGUAAUGUUGAUUGUUGGCAUUUGGUGGUAUUUUAAAUGCAUAAUCAUUUCUAAGAGUACAUGUACUUUUCAUAGAUUUCAAUUUGUACAUAUAUAUAUAUUAAAUACGUGAAGAUAAAAUGUUAUAUCCGCUUAUGCAUAAACAUAUAGCACAGUAUAGAUUGUUAAGUCUUAAAUGAAUAGCAUGAAGUCAGUUGACACAUAGUAACGGACUUAUCAGGAAUGAAAAACGAUGGUUUCCAGGAGGAUUAGCGGCCUCAUAAUUCUAGAAUUUCUACCGGCCUAAUAUUAUCCAAUUAGUUGUGGAGUAAGAACACUAUUUGUCUGCAUUAUUUUAUUUACAAGAUGUCGUAACAGGCGAUGGCAAUGUGCUCUGUGGUGCAAGAGAACGAAUACUUAGCCGCCUGAGUGCGAUAAUCUUAGUUUAAUGUCUAAUCUUAUUUCUUCUUUUUGCAAGUCUUACAUAUUUGCUUUAAUGGUUACUUUUAUCCAUAAAUCUUUGUUAUGUCUAUUAUAUUAUACAUUCUAAUUUUCACCGCUAGAUGGCGUUGUUUAAAAAAAUAAGCGUGACACGUUGACUGAAAAAGUUGUAAAGUACAAGUAUUCUUUGAAGUGUAUAUGAUAUAGUCACAAGUGUUACUGUAGCCGUUUUUAAAAGCUACAUAUUAUUCAAUAAUUGCAACUGUAAUAUUAAUAAAAGUCUAGUGUAAUAUAUCUGUAUACAAUAAAACAUAAGUCCCUACAUUUAUCUAUCAGCCAAAGAUAGUUUCAUGCGUACAUGAAAAUAUUGACUGAUUUAUAUAAAGAAUUUAAUAUUAGUUAUUAUUUAUUCUAUAUAUAUUAUAAAAAGUAAUGUGUGUAGUCUAUGGCAAAGUUAGAUUUUUACAAAUAACCGAAUACAAUUAUAUGUUAUACAGAAUGUGUAAAAUAAUAUUUUUUAUAAAUUGAUAUUUCUUGCCUUGAACAGAAGAUUUAUAGUAAAUAGUUAUAUAUGUAUUUAUAUUUAAAGAGCUCUAGAAAGUGGUAUAGAUCUGCUAAUAAUUUAUAUACCAUUAAAUACAUAUUAUAUGAAUCGUUCACCGUAUUGUGAUAAUUUGAUGAUUAGAUGUACGUGUGAUGUAAUAUUUUUAUCAUGUAAUUAUACAAAUCAAAUAAAUAUUACUGAAUUUAAUAAUACUAUGUAUUUUUUUUUUAUGUUUGCUAUAUCUCACGAUGGUUUAUAUUUAAGUAUUCCUAGUGUAGCACCUACUUCAGAACAUGUUCUAUUUUUACAGGGAAUUUAAUUGGUGAUAUUGGUCUUAUUUUUUUUUUUUUUAUAUUAUUGGUGUACGUUUGUAAUAUUAGACGAAUUGAUUAGAUAUUUUAGUUUCGCCAAUUGUAUAUUGUUGUUAAAUAAUUAUUAGAUUUAAUUUUCUUCAUUAUAAUAAAAUAAUGGCAAACCAGUGAAAUAUAUAUUUGUAAAACAAGAUUUCGUUCACAGAUUAAUUUAACACGGUUCUGGUUGGAAUAUGUUUGUGACAUUUUCGGUAUUCAUUGGUCAAUGAAGUAAAUAGUUUUCUUUUAUAAAAUUGACCUAAUAUUUUAAAAAAAGAAUAAGGUUAGACAACAGAGCCCUUUACAUAAAAAAAAAAGAAAUAGAAAAUUUAUGAACUUUUUACUUAAUUUAAAACUUAUGGACAUUAAUGAACUUCAAUAUGACAUCACACAAUAAGCACACGGUGGAUUAUUUAAAAAAAUUUUAAACAAUGAUUUUGAUGAUCGUGAUUAGAUUUAAAGUAAUUGAUAGUGAAACAUACUCCUGAUAGCUUUUCGAAAGUGCACUCAAAUUCUGAUAUUUAUAUAUGAUUGAGUGAUAUUUCUGAUUGCUGCCGGAAAAUAUGCUCAAAUUUUGAUGGAUAUUAAGAAUGAGGUAUAUUCUUGUCAACCAUUGAAAAAUAUACUUAAUAUUUUAGUAAAGAAAAUCAGAGAAUAGAGAUAUUUAUUAUACAUACUUUUUUUAUUUCUAACAUCUAUUGAUAUUUAUAAAAUCAGUAUAUAAUAUCAAACAAAUAUCAGCAGAAACAAAAAAAUAAACUUCCGAUAGACAGGCGAAAUAAAUGUUUAGACCUCUCACUAAAAAGAUUGUAAGAGAUCUAAACAUGCUUACUCAUUAGUAGUAGUAGAGUUUCGUUAAACACUGUUUAGAUAGGCAGUAUUUUAAAUUAUUUUAUAAUAUGACCACAGUUGUUUAUAUGUAUAAGAUUGUAUGUUAUUUAAAUAAACUAUGUUUCAGCUAAGAAUAUCUUGUCCGUACAGUGUACAGACAAGAUCAUUUAACUAUAUGAUUAUUUAAAAUCAAAUGUAAGGUAUUUUUGUAUCUAUAUACCCACCCAAUGAAACUAAAAUUCAUUUCAGUAAUAAAUAGUACAAUUGGUUAGCUAUAAAAAAAAA